AUGCCUGGGUCAAUGUUGCCCCCGUCCAAAGGUACCGCCUUGCACAUGAAUGGGGUACAUUACAACGGAACGAUGCUGACGGGGCCACAAGCGGGUAAGGGGUUUGUUUUUGUGGCCGCGGACGCCCAUGGUCAGCCGGCUGCUGCAGACCGUAAGCUCGUACGGAGUCAUGUCAUGCGGGGGAAGAAUACCCGUAAACGAGCUCUUCCUGAUCGGUUGAAGGGCCGUGUCCCUGCUACCGCUGUGGAAAGCCAACGGUCGCAGCAUGCCGCAGGAGGCAAUGAUUCUUCCGAAGAGUCCCGCGGAGCUCGGACACGACAUGAGUUGCUCAAAUCUGACGUGGAUGCUCUGGCCCGAAUCAGAUAUCCAGGCAUGGUCCCCCGUGCCGCCAACGUCUUCACCUUCAUCAAGUUCCCGGAAGACAUCGAUAGUAGUUCGCGCAGCUUGCUAUGCACAUACUUUUCGUACUUGAAAGAUACAAUGUACCCGAUUGGGAGGUACUCCCGUUCUGACGCUACCAAUACAUACUGGUUUCACUGGACCCAGCUCGACUUGGCCUACCUACACUCCAUCCUUUAUACGACGUCUUUUUUUUACGAUAGUUUGAAAGGACAGAAGAGUAAGAGAACGGAGUUUCACUCGUAUAGGACGAUUCGAGAGCUCAACAAGCAACUGGCUGAUCCGACAACUGCACUGACCGACUCGACAACCACUGUCGUCAUGGGGAUGGCCUUGAUCGCGGAGUGCUUUGGAGACGUAGAGUCCGCACACAUGCACGUAAUGGGUCUCAAGCAAAUCGUUGGCCUGCGCGGUGGCAUAGAAUCGUUUGCAAAUAACCCUCAACUUCAAGCCAAGCUUCACCGAACUGGUUUAGUCUACAGCAUCUGCACCGGCGCGAAUCCAGCCUUUCACCAAGAUGUUGCAACUUUCGAGUCAGCCUUCGACAGUUCACCCGAACUCACCCGGCUCAAGCCAUCGGACGCGUCCUGCUUCUCCCGCUCGCGCUCUGUGGUACGAGCUUUAGGAAGGAGGCUCUACGGCAUCUUGAAGGAUGUCCAGGACUUCUCACAGCUCAUCAACGAUAGCCAUAAUUCCGGUCAAAAGAUGCGGGAAAUGUCUCUCGAGGAGCUCAUGACAUCCAUUCAAUCCCGACUGCUUAUGCUCGAAUUUAAUGAUAACCACAUUCUCCCAGAGCUUCUCCGGUUGUCACUUCUCGCUUUCUUGACAACCGUCUUCUGGAGUUUCCCUGGUGUCAAAUUCGAGUACCCGCAUCUGGCCAACCAACUCCGACAAGCUUGUUUGGCCUUCACGCCCACCACGGCUGGAGAGAGCUAUCUCUUCGCCUGGGCCUUGAUGGUGGGGGCAGCGUCUGUGUUCCACGACCAUGAUCAGACCUGGCUUCCGCAAAGACUGCGCCCUCUGAUCCGAGACAACCUAGGGAGGACGUGGUUCGAAGUACAGAAUAAUCUGAGGCGAGUCAUGUGGAUCGAUAGUAUUCAUGACGGCCCCGGGAUAGAAGUCUUCAACCAGUAUCUUGGGGAAACUGGGGACUAA